GAAUUUUGUUCUUCAGUUAUAUAAAUCAAUUAAUAAAAGAAACUAUAUGCAAACUUGACUCCGAUUCGAUUACUUUCGCUUGUCUUGACUGAGCAUACUUUGUAUAGUCGUAAAGUUACUAUGAGCGAGUCACCGUAUUUAGAAAUCUGUCAAUGAUCAGAAGCAAACAUCUAGAAACCAAGUAAAAAUGCUUCAUGAAAAAUGAAUAUCUUUCAGAGAACAGCCUUUCUGGAUAGCUGGAAAAAAUACUUGGUAGGAAGUACGAAAUGGCAAUUUUGUGCCACUACUUUGAAUGAAAAAUGCUUCUAUUCGACGAAGCAAAGAAUAGGGAAAAAAAAGACUCUGUACUCUUUUAGAGCUUCUUUGGAAAAUGAAUAUUUUAAAUUUUUGGAAAGUAUACAAGAGAAGGAAAAAAUGUUUGCACCAGGUCAACUCGUUAUUAAUUUGGGAUCUUCUCCUGGAAUAUGGAAUAAUGUUGCUUCUCAACACAUAGGCUCUGAAGGAAGAGUUGUUUCUGUUGAUAUUAUUCCCUCAAGAUCUCCCGCCAACUGUAGCACCAUACAGGGGAAUUUCCUGAGUAUGGCUAUUCAAGAUGAAGUUGUAAAAGCAGGACUGCGCGCUAGAAAACUACAAGAAGCAUCUGCACAGUACGGUGAUCCCUCCUCCGUGCCUUAUCUUCAGUUGGCUAUUGAGCAUGAAGCGGCCAUGGAAAACCAGGAAUCCUUGCUAAAGGAAUUACGUGCAGAUGUUGUUAUAAGUGAUUUAAAUCGUCCGUUUCCAAUGGUUCAGGGUUUUGAAUUUUGUAUUUCAAAAACACCUUAUUUGGCCAUGCGAAAUCGUGAGCUCUUAACUGUUAAAGAUCACAUGAACUCUUUGUUUCUAGCACAAUCUGCCUUAAUUUUUUCGUUACGUGGCUUGAAACCAUCAGGGACAUUUCUUUGUAAAGUCGUGGAUGGUCCAAAUCUUCCUAGCUUACUGGAAGAUUUGACGAUGAGCUUUUCCAAAGUUACUAAACAUAAUAUGAAAGGUGUAUUUGAAAAGGAGAACUCAGUUGUUUAUUUAUGUUCCGGGAAAAUAUCAACACCACCGAUAGAGUUACUCAACGUCUAACUCUAUCACUUAUAUUCUUGGCAUAUUGGAGACGGGAUAUAGGUUAUGAUUCUUAAUUCAUGCUUCAUCUAUAGAAAGGAUUUGCUGAGCAAACUUGUUCUGUAAACAGCGGUCUACUAAUUUUGUUAUAUACUCCUGCAUGUCUCGAAUUGACUGUUUUAAAUCUUUAUUUUCAGCUUCCAUCUGAAGUAUGCGUGAUUUGUUGCUUCCCAUUACUUCACGAAUUAGCUCCUUUCGAAUGAUUUGCAUCUCUUCUUGCUCCUUUUCAGAAACUGUGUCUGAAAUAGCCUAUUUUGUGUUAAAAUAUAUACAUAUAAUCAGAGUUUCUUUUACCAUCUGUAAUAAUGUCAUCUGAAGACGCUCGUUCGCCUCUUUUAAGCGUUGAAUUUCACUGAGCAAGUCCUUUUCGUUCCCUCCGAAACUGUCUGUUCUACAUUUCUUUUCAGUCAAGAUAGUACUGCUGGUAUUUGUAUCUCUUGCCGUGCUGAAGUUUUCAUUCAUAUAGAUAAAAGGAACAUCCGAUUCGCUAAGUUCUUGCUUUGAUGUUUCAGCGUCCGAAAAAUAUUCUGUAUCUGCUGAACUUUUGUUCCUUGUUUGUUUCUUUAUCGCAUAGUUUGAAUUCGAGCUAGGGCGGUACUCUUCAUUUGGCGCAACAGAUGAGGAUAUAUUAACUAUAUCUGUUCGAUCCUUAAGAAUGAUAUCUUCCAUUUUUCUUUUCCAAAGCGUAAGGAAUUAUGGUCGUUCAGUUGGAGUGGUAUCAGAACUUCUUUCGACAUAAACAAAAAUAAACAAACAAAACGAAUUACCGCUUUUUCCGGAGCACUUUGUUAUUAUUUUUUUACGAGAAUUAAAUACUAAAGCAAUUGACUUGAAUGAUUAUUUACGUUACUUCUAUUCAUUUUCCCUCUUGAAUUGUUUGCACCAGAUAAUAAAAAUAAGUAUAUUAACCUA